AUGUCGGAGAAGCGAAAUAUACGAGAUCACAAACGUCGAUUUCUCGCGGCUAAAUAUGAAUUGAGACGAAAGCUUUUUAAAGCCUUUUGUAAAGAUUUCCUAGUGAUAUGCGGGACAAACAUCGUUAUAAGCCGCCCUCGUUCCGUAUAUGAGUUCUUUCAAAUUUAUCGUAUCGUUUUUCGCAUCUCGAUGGGCAUAAAGAAAUCGUCUUGGUAG